AUGGAUAUGGAUUUAAGAAAAUAUUUGCAACAAAAUCAUAAAAAGCUUACAUGGAAAAAUAGAAUUGAAAUUAUUUUUCAUAUAAUUAAUGCACUUUAUAGAAUUCAUCAAGAAAAUGCAAUUCAUAGAGAUUUACAUUCUGGAAAUGUAUUAUAUUCACCAAGAACCUUUAAUUGGUAUAUUAGUGAUCUCGGAUUUUGUGGUCCUGUUGAUAAACCUUUAAAUAGUAUAUAUGGAAAUCUUCCCUAUAUAGCACCUGAAGUUAUUGUUAACAAAGAAUAUACUUAUGCGUCGGAUAUUUAUAGUAUUGGUAUACUUAUGUGGGAAAUUUCAUCCGGACAACCGCCUUAUAUUAAUUAUGAACAUGAUUAUUAUCUUGUAUUAAGAAUAAUAAGUGGAAUGAGACCAAAAUUUGUACCGGGAACUCCAGAAGAAUAUAAAACUCUAAUGCAGCUAUGUUUAGACGCUGAUCAAUCUAAAAGACCCGACAUUUCUUCUGUUUCCAAACAAAUUAAAGAAAUGUUACUUCAGUUUAAAGAUGGACGACAAAUAAAUAAUAGCUCUAAUAAUACUCAUUUACAAACAAAUUUCGCAGAUUCGCCCUUUUCUAUUGACAUCCCUCCAACUAUUUUCUUUAAAGAUUAUCACAAUAUGCAAAUUAGUACUAUCAAAUUUGGUGAAGAUUUAAUUAUUAAGUCUAAAAAUUUUAAAUCAAACAAUAAUAAAGAAUUACAAGUCAAUAAUAAUAAUGAUAAUGACCAAUAUAUGCCUUAUGAAAAUAUCUAUAAUAAAUAUAUGUGGAUUAAUUGGAUCGAAGAAGCUAUUUCUAAGAAAAUAAUUAAAAAAUUUGAAUACAACAAAUUUCGUAAUAUUGAAUCAAUUGAAUCUUGUCAUAGUUAUAUCAAAGUCUCUAGAGCAAAUUGGAAAGAUUCUCGUUAUACGUUGAUACUUUAUGAGGAAUUCAACAAUGAAACGGCUAAGAAAAUUUUUAAUGGGAAUUCCGAUAUUGUGUGUGUUCAUCAAAAGAGUAUAAAACUCGUUAAUCUUGGACAUUUAAAAAGGAUCGAAGAAAUACAAGAACAACCAGAACUACAAAAAAAGCAUGAUGUUAACAGAGUUGGCCUUAUUUUACAGGAGAUAUCAAGUGGAGAAAAGAUUAUAAUUAAAGAUAUUUCGGAAGACCUUAGAAGAGCAAAAAAUGUUUCUGAAGAGUAUAUUAAGGUUUAUACUGAGUGCUUGGAUGAUAAUCCACCAGAUAUAAACGAA